AUGUUGAGCAAGUCGGCACAGCUGGCACUGGGUGCCCACACAGCUGGGAUCUACGCUGAUAUGUCGAUCGACGGCCCUGAAAUCGGCACCCUAGUCGCGAUUAUUGAUCGUGCGAAGAAUUUACCCAAUCGGAAAACUAUGGGCAAACAGAAUCCCUAUUGUGCCUGUCGAUUGGCAAAGGAGGCCAAAAAAACAGACACGGACAAGAGAGGCGGUCAAACGCCGAAAUGGGAUCAGGAACUCCGGUUCACCGUACAUCAGUCCCCGGAUUACUACCAGUUAAAGGUUUCCGUGUUCAAUGACGAUAAGAAAACGGAUCUCAUUGGAGAGACGUGGAUUGAUCUCCGGACUGUCAUCAUUGCGGGAGGUGGCCAAAGUGACUCAUGGCACAAUCUCAACUGCAAAGGGAAAUACGCCGGCGAAAUCAGAAUUGAAUUGACAUACUAUGACACCAGACCCAAGGAUGAUGCUGUGGUCGAGCGCCGAAAGGAGGGCCAGAAGUCGAUUGAGACGAAGAGCCAACCGACCUCCUCCGUAUCUGGCCCCCGACAGUCCAGGCCACCGAAACGGAGACCGUUACCGGCGAAUCCUACUGGUGUGGCUCCAGCUAAAACAGCCCCCACGGAUCCAGCGACUGUACCAAGAAAGGAGCCAUCAGCUUCCAAUCUUGCUCGCGUUCCCGCUCCGGAGCAAUCGCAACUAUCACCAACAAAAACACAGCGUGUGUAUGAAACGCCAGACGAUCUAGGCCAACAAUGGGCAUCCGACCCACGUCCGCCUCACAGCUCUAGCCCCACACGGCAGGCCGCAUAUGCUAACUCUGAUCCUUCAUUUGCUUCCAACGGCCCUGGACGUCAGGUCUACCAAGCCAUUCCAGAUACAUCGUACUCUCCUGUCCAGGAUAAUUCUCCCACUCGUCAGCAGUACUAUCAUGAAUCCCGCCCAUUGCAUCACACGCCUGGCGUAAACCACUCAUACCAGUCUCCACAAAUAUCAACUCCCCCCAGGCAACCCCAAGAACAUUUCAUCGACCCCCGGAACGGAAACACAGCCGAUGUAUUUAAUCAAUACAAUACCUCUACCUCAAGUAUACCCGCGGAAGAUCCCUAUUCAUCAACCUCCCGUCGGUCUGAACGCCAGUCGCCACAUCCUGAUGCCGAAUUGUAUCGGGAGCCCCCAAGCCAUGCUUACGAAUCGCCGUCGCGCCAAAUGAUUCGACACACGCCCACCCCCGAACAGGGUCAAAAUCAGUACUCCCAUAUUUCCAGAAAAUCGCCUAACCCAAUACCCGAGCCCCAUUUCCAUAAUAAUCCGGAGUCCACCCAACAUCUAGCCUUAGAGAAUCGUAAUCAUAACCCAAAAUACAGCACCCCAACGAAAAGCGAUGUCUACAGAGACAGUCCCCUCCGCCAGUCAGUCAGUCAAGCCGAUUACUAUCAACACCGGCAGUAUAUCCAACCUCAUGUCCAAGAUGAGGACGACAAUGGUCCGCCGCCCCCGCCACCUGCGCACCGUGAUGGUUUGACACAUUCUCAUGGCCACGAGCAAUAUAGAAGUGACCAACAGCCGGUUAUCAUGCCUGAGCCUCUAAGUAUCACCCCUAGGACAUCUCCUAGACCCAUAGAAAGAGACACGGAGUAUAUUGCUUAUUCUCCGAACUACCGCAAUGCUGGUCACUCAACCGAGGUGGAACAAGCAUAUUCAGUGUCGCCAUGUCCCUCUUAUCACUCUGUUUCUCAGGAACGGAGUUACUUGCAGGACAGACCCACUACUUCGAACAGUGAAUCUGUUCCUCCUUCACUCAUUGCAGGCUUUGAUUCUACUCUUGCCAAUGAACCCGAUCGAAUGAUGCCAGACCAUCGGCAGAUGCGCCAUCAAAGCACUACCCCUUCAUCGACUUCAACGCAGGUAGUGAGGUCCUCCCCAGUUGAUUUUCCAGGAAGAAGGUCUCCAAGGGCGGCUGUCAAAGACUCUCAUCAGAUUCCACUGCGCAAAUCAGUAAGCCCGCAGCCACGCCCCCCAGUUGACCCGGACUCCCUUCAGGGGGUACCAUUCUCCCCUGACUGCUACGAUGCCCUCAACCCGAACGCAUCCCUGGCAACUGGGUUGGAACAACCUGCACCGCCGUAUGAAACCGUAGAACGCUCCAUGGAAGCGGCUCGUCAACAUGAGGUUGAUAAGCUUCGAUCACUUGGUCCCAUAAUCGGGAAUGAUGGUCGUACGAUAGACCCCUCCGAUCACCUUCCUGCUGAUACCUGGGCCCCUGAACCUGUGCGGAAACCGAAGAAACCGGAAGUUGUUGUACGAUUCAAACAUGCAUAUACAUCCAACGCUGUUGUUCCGCGGCCGUCCACCGCCGACAGAGAGCAACAAGGUCGUCCUCGAUCUUUCAUCGCUUCCAAUCGUUCAACCCCCCCACAAAGCGCAGAACCCUACGCCGCUGGUCGACCUCGCAUUCACAAAAUUGGUCCAGGUCGGCCGCAGUCUUACGUUCAACCGAGUCCGAAUAUGCCAAGGGACCCAUCGCCGAGGGCUGGUGAGCGCGGCGCCUACGGACAAUAUUCAACCAGCCCAAACAAUGGUUCCGUGAUAUCCCAGUAUAGCGCUUCAUCUCAGGUAUCAAGGUAUUCUCCGGGAAUUUCGCAACAUUACCACUCUCGUCCGCCGAUUCCUGCAAAGGUUCCAAUUCAGCCUGGCUCCCAAACAUAUGCUGGCAUGCCUCCCGGAGCUUCUGGAGAGCUUGAUGCAUUAAGCGAAGAAAUGAAACGUAUUGAUAUUGGUACUGGGCAUGGUGGCCGUAGGGGCCGCCCAUCCUUCAUCGGCGGGUAUGGACAAUGA